GCCACCACCCCCACUGUCUACGUCACGGUCGCUGACCUCCGCUUAGUUACCUCUUUGGCCACUACUUAACCUCCGCUAUGGAUGACGACAAUUCCAACGCGUUGCGCAGAAUGUCGACCCGUACUCGUAAAGUGGCUCCUAAAAUGGCUGCAGCACUCGGCAGUUCUGAUAAUCGAACCCAGGCAGCUUUGGCCCGUCUUGAAGCUUUGGAGAAUGAUAACGCUGGGAUUGAAACAGUUGAAAUGAACGAUGAUGAUGAAGCUUCUCUUGAUGAAGAUGAUCAAGCGUACAUGCAAAAGAGAUCCAAGGGCAUGAAACGAAAAACUCGACAGGCAAAAGCACUUGAAAAUGCUAGGAAGGCUCCCAGAUCAUUUCUUGAGCUCUUAAAUGAGGCAAACUUGGAAUCCUUGCCUCCUCCUGUUCCUAACCAUCUGAGGGCAGCAGUUGGACCUCCAAGCUCUACUUCCUGCCGACAUUUUUGCAGCGUUUGUGGCUUUAGUGCAAGAUAUACGUGUGUGACUUGUGGUAUGCGCUUUUGUUCGUGCCGAUGCCAAAAUAUACAUAAUGACACUCGAUGCAUGAAAUUUGUUGCAUGAACGAUGAGACAGGAACCAAAAGAAUUCUUCUAAUAUUUGAACUCAAAUGGUAAAAAAAAUAUUCUGAGGUUCUUGUUGUAAACAAAAAUUCCAGAUGAGUCAUAAGAAACUUGGGGUUUCUAUGAUACUAAUUCUUGGUAGGGUUUGUAAAGGGCAAUAUAGAAACAAGAGGAA